AUGGAACAACAUAAUCAAAACUCCGCUAUGCCUGAAUUUGUGGCAAACGGCUAUAAUGAACUUUAUACUGGUCUGUUUUCAUAUUAUAUAAACCCAUAGCAUUGAAUAAAAAAUGAAAAAGAUGCAGAAAAAUUUCGAUUUUUCUGAGAAAAAAUAAUUAGCAAUGAUCAGUUUGCUAAAAUACCCGUCAUAAAUCAAUUCCAAACUAAUUUAUCUUUAGCUCACUCAUGUCAGGGUCUUUUUUCAUUUCCACAAUCAUGUCUGAAAAGUAAAGCGAAAGUGCGAUUGUUUUUCAUAAAAAUGAAUGAAAAAGCAAAUAGUUUUUGUUUCACAGAGUGCACAAACAACCAUGCAAACUCCGUGAUGUCUACUCUCCAGUCACUACAAAGCAACGGUGGUUUAGUUACUCCUAUUACUCCACUUCAAACGGAACAAUCAGAAAAAUUCCUUGACCAAGUUCGUUUUUAAUAAUAAUCAAACUUCCGUCUUAGUCGAAAUAAUAUAUAAGUAGCCAGAAGGUUUCCCGCUCACGUUGUGUUGAUCUUCUGGCAUCUGGCUCGUUGGACAGUGAAAGACAGGGCAAUUGGCCGGCACGGGCUUUUCGUUGGCCGACUAUUGACAUGGACAUUUGAACCACUUUCAAUAUUCCGAUCGAACCCAAACUUUGCAGGCUUCUUGGAUAUGGGUUGAAGCAUACUGGGACCAAGUUUCAGCCCGAUCGGAUCAUGUGGUCCCGAGAUAUGUGGAUCAUUGGCCGAAAUUGGCCGGAAGCCAGGGCUUUUUGGAAAAAAUCGGCCAAUGAUCCACAUAUCUCGGGCGAUGAUCCGAUCGGGCUGAAACUUGGUCCCAAUGGCCCUCAAUCCAAGUCGAACAAUCCUGGACAGUUUGGGUCCGAUCGGAAUAUUGCAAGUGGUUCAAAUGUCCAGGUCAAUGGUCGGCCAACAAAAAGCCCGGGCCGGCCAAUUGCCCAGUCCUGAGUGAAAGAUAUAUUACUUUUUUUAAACAUCUAACUGUAGUCGCGUCCGACAACAGUUCUGGUUGGUUGGACUAAUAUUCAGAAAAAAUUGUUUCAAUACGAACUAAAACUGGAAACUAACAGCGUUACAAACAUGCUCAUGAAAAUUCACUUUUUUUCAGCUUCAACUGAAAGCUAUGCAAUCUGUAUACAAUAGCUUUGGGCAGCAAUCCAACCUUGGAACAAAUGAUCAAGGUGCACAAAAUUCACAGGGAAAUGUUUCUUUGCCUUUCAACAUGAGAACAAAUAGUGAGUUUCGGAUAAAACUAAGUUUGUGAAUAAUUUUUAUUUUGACAGGUGAAGCAGGGCCUUCAAAUAAAUCAACUAACUCCACAAGUUUAAUUUUUUCCCUGAGUAAAGACGUGAGUAACUAUUGUCGACUUCAUUUCACUCAAUAUAAAAACAUGUUUAUUUUCAGAAUAAUUUGGGAAUCGGAUCAAACAGUUGGCUGGAACCUUCAACAAGCAACGCGUCUAAGUAUAACAAAAUCUCCGAACCAAGAGGAAUGCAGGACCAUUCAGGAAACUCUGCAUUAGAUUUUGACGAAGCCCAUGACGAUGUGGAACAUAUAUUCGGACUUUCUUUGGCUGAAAACGAUAACCGCUCAAAUUCGUUCUAUAAAAGGCCUCAAUCUCCAAGUCGAGGUCUUAGUCCCGUUAAUGUAAGUAUGCAUUUUACUCCUGUUCAACUUACUUUAUACGUUUCAGUUCACGCCUCCCGAUUCUCCUACCCAAGAAGUUACACUUGAUAUGCUGUUCGGUUUGCCUUCUAGCUCGACACUAGAGAAAGAGUCAACAGCCCCGGAACCACCGAAAAUUGCCGAUAAAGCUCAAAUAGAAAUUAAAAAUAACUUAUUCUCUACUGCUCUCUUUAAGAAUGAAACCAGUUCGAAGCAAGCAAUAAAGGCAAAAUCAACGAAUGUGAGUUUUUUGAAAUCCUUCAUUCGUUAUGCUAAUCCUGCUAUUUUUGAUUCAAGGUGCCUAUUUACAAGCAAAAAGCUGCACUUAUGUCACUCGAAGCGAAAAUGAGCGCAAGAAAAGAAGACCCAAACUAUGAUGCUUUUGAAUUUCAAGACGAUGAAGAAAUCGUAGCUCCUAAGCCCUCAGUCGUUAUAAAAGACAAGGAGAUUGCUUCAAAAGUUGAUAGCAAAAAAAAGAACGUGUACAUUCCUGGAGUCGGUUUUGAGAGUUCAAAUGAUCAGGAGAAAGAGAAAAGUUUAAGCACUGUGAAAAAGCAAAUUGUCAAGUCUGUUGUUUCACAACACAACGACUCAGAGUCCGGUUUGUUGUUUGAAAAUGCUAUUAGUGUGAAAAACGGAUUUUUCCACAGAUCGAAUAAUAUUCACAGUAGCUGACACAUUACGGGUGAGGAAAGAUCGUCGGCUGACAUGUCAGUUUUUGAAGCCUUCCCAAAGCAAUGAUAUGGAGUGUUCAAAGAAUAGGAAAAAACUGAGGUAUUAUUAGAAUUCUAGUACUCAUGUAUAGUACUUUUUUUUUUACAGAAAACAUGAACCUCGAAUACCACGUUUUAUAAUCAAAAUACAAAACAUGCAAUCGAAUGUUGAUGACAUAAUAACACCAAAGAAAAGAGGAGCAAAGCGGAAAAAAAUGAUGAGCAAUGAUGAAGAUUCGGAUUGGGAUGAGAGCUAUAAACCAAAAAACGUUUCUAAGAAAAUGUAUGUUUUUGUCGGGCCAACUCUAUUUCAUAUAUUCUAUUUCAUUUUUUUUUUCAAGAUACUCUCUUCAAGCUGUGCCGGAGGAGGAGUCAGAUCUUUUGACGUCACGCUUGACAGUUGAAAUUAAAAGUUCAUUCUUACCUUCCUGCUGUGACUUUGUGAAAGAGCGCUUGAAGUUGUUUGGAUCAGCCGAAGGAAUUCUUCCUGUACGUAAAAAUAUGGAGAUUAUAGAGAUAUUCGUAACUCUUCAGAAAGGAACAUACGUAGUCUGCAAAACGGAUUUGUUACGAGACGAUUGCGCAAUUUGGCGUGUGGAUAAUCAGAAUUUACUGCAAAAGUUUGUUCCGUUCCGGGAUUUGAAGAGCAGCAAAAAGAUGUAUAGAAGUAGCAGUACGGUAGUUCCAGAAACAUUUUAUGGCUAUCAAUUAGCAUCGUUUAUUUAGUACUCUGGAUGGUGUGAGCAAAUUUCGCAGCAAUACUUUCGCGUUGCUGUCAAGAUCAUCAAGCAGAGCCGAUCUGAAACCACAAUUGAGCCGGAACUACCAUUACAUGACAUUUUUCCGGCAUCCUCCACAGAAAUGUUUAAAUCUCCAAGAUCAGUGUACAUAGAAGGUUUGCUUAAUCUUUUAGGAAAGGGUAACAUGUUACAAGUGUUUGCAGAACCCGUAGAAGAAAAACCGACCGAUGUGGGAACAUCGUCAUCGAAUGAUGUGCGCAAUGUAUCUCUCAGCACAUUAAUUGAAGCUUUCUUAGCGCAAACGUUUACAUUCAAACAUAUUGAAAACCUUUUGCAGAAACAAGGUAUGGCUCAUAAACCAUUUUUCUCCAUUGUAUCGUAUAAGAAAAUUAAUUCAGACUGGUCAUAUCUACGGAGUUUGACAGAAAUUGAAAAUACAAACAAGAAAGCAGAAAAAAGCAUACGUUCUCGUAUCCCGAUCGAAGAAAAACAUGAUAGAUGGAUUGAAGAAUACACGAGAGUUGCAAUAUCGAAAACGUCAUUUAUUUGCCUCACAAAGUGCCAGGUGAGAGUUUUUCUUAAUUUCUUUCAUUUGUUUCAUGUUUUAAUAUUUAUGUUGUUCCAGAUCUGCAAAAAAAAGAAACCUAGGAGAGCGAUACACUUUUUUGAUAAAAAAGCGUAUAACAACAACACUUUGUUAAUGGAAGAUGACUUUGAAUACAAAGAAGAUGUGAUAGAAGAGUCGCUGCCUGUUGUCGAAGCAAUAUCAUGCGGAAGAUGUGCAAUAGCUGUCAAAGCGCUUCAUAGCAUGCGGCAUAUUCAGCUCCAUUUGCUUCGGAUGUGUGAGGAAAAGGUCUGUUUGAUCACUAAGAGUGUUUUCCAAAAAAUGAAGCAAUAUUUUGAACCAUACUUGUGGUUUCAUGGCCUGUCCCGGCCGGAUCCUAAAAACCGUGAUAUUUGCCAUUUUUCGUCGAUACUAUCGGGGCAUUGCAAUGUGAAUGCGCUAUGUUGAGAAACCCUCUCUUUUUGUGAACGCCGGUGCCUAAUUUUUCAGCUGCGAAAUCAGUUGAAAUCUGGAACAAUUUUCUCUGUUUCAAAUUGGCGCCGGGCUGGAGAUCACAAUUGCAAAAUUCACUUUGAAAUACCCUGAUAGUAGUUAGAAAAUGGGCGAUCUGUGCCAUUCUAUAUCAGUAUCACCAAUCCCGAUGAAUAAUGCUUGAACUAAAAAAACUACCUGAAAAUGUAAUUAUUUUUACCCAGGACCGUGACAGCUAUGUUGUGAACUUUCCAUAAAAGUUUUUUUCAGUUGGAAGAAGUUGGCUCCUCUGAAAUCGACUUGUCCGAAGAAAAACAUGUAGAUCUCGCGAAAUCUGAUAAGCAGUGGAUUCUGAGCGUAGUUAAUAAAUAUAACGAUAUGUGGACUGAAAUAGACUUUCAAUUUCGUGAAAUCUAG